AUAGAUUUGCCCAGGCUCCUGCCGGCGGGCCUCGCUCAACCUCGACUGCUCGCUGCAAGAUAGGCUCCGUCGCCUAGCCGGCCGCCGCUUCUCCCCUCCUCUCGCUUCCUCAAUACGACGAGAGUGGCAAUCAGUCCCCUCUCCCUCCCUGCCAUGCCGAGAACCGCGCCAUUUCCUUUUACUGACUGCCGCGCUCUGCUGAUGUCUUUGCUCCCACGACCAUGCUCGACGACGAUCACGCCUUCUAGAUCUUACCAUGCCCAGCAUCGCAGCCAACAAUUGCCUCUCGCGCCGUCGCCCAACUUUUUCAUCCCUCACCCGACCGCUCUUUUGGGCAUGCCCACGGGGCCUCGGACGCACGAGGUGCAGGAUUUGCGCCCUGGCCAAGCAAGAGGCCAGCCACGCCCGGCCCAGCCACUGACUGCUGCAGAGACUCGCGGGCCUAUCGCCGUUCUGUCUUUCGAAUCGAAAUGAGGCUAAAAUUCCUCGUGCUCAGCGAGAGAGAGAGACACGACGCGGCCGUGCGAGUGCGAGGGGCAAGGACGACAAGUGAUUGCAUUGUGUUUGUCAUGCUGUGCUGCCUGGCCUCCCUGCGAUGCAAAUGGACGGCAGCGGGU